UGACGAGAUUGCUGGCGAAAAUUGCCCCUCAGCUCGAGUGAGGGCUGCGUGGCCCUUUAAAUGUGUUUAAAAUUGACUUCCAAUUAAUUGUGCUACUUUGAAAUUAAUUCGUGCGCUUAUCAACAUGCCAGGGAUCUGAAAGAAGCGGAAUUUGCCCAAACUAGCCUGAUCAGGUCCAGCACGUUCUCGUCUCAGGUGCCGGUCAAACAGGAACAAUGAGUGAGCUGGAGCAGUUGCGACAGGAAGCGGAACAGCUUCGCAACCAGAUCCGGGAUGCUAGAAAAGCCUGCAGUGACUCCACACUUUCGCAGAUGACAGCGAGCCUGGACUCAGUGGGGCGGAUACAGAUGAGAACGAGACGCACGCUCAGAGGUCAUCUCGCCAAAAUCUACGCCAUGCACUGGGGCAGCGACUCCAGGUUACUUGUCAGUGCCUCCCAAGAUGGCAAACUGAUCAUAUGGGAUGGUUAUACGACCAACAAGAUGCACGCUAUUCCCCUGCGCUCCUCCUGGGUCAUGACCUGUGCUUACGCCCCGUCGGGGAACUAUGUGGCCUGCGGAGGUCUAGACAACAUCUGCUCCACCUACAGCCUUAAAACCCGCGAGGGUAACGUCAGGGUCAACCGAGAACUGGCUGGACACACAGGUAGAGUCACAUUUAUUUAUCUCCUCAGUCAUAAAGCAGGGAUUCCCAAACUUCAUCAUGCGUUGUGGGACAUUGAGACGGGCCAGCAGACCACCAGUUUCACCGGACACACGGGGGAUGUCAUGAGUCUGUCGCGUUUGGUUUUGAUUGAAACCAAAUGGAACCUGUGUUCAACUUUGCUCCUGUGUCUCUUUUGUUGCAGUGCGUUGUGGGACAUUGAGACGGGCCAGCAGACCACCAGUUUCACCGGACACACGGGGGAUGUCAUGAGUCUGUCGGUCAGUCCCGAUUUAAAGACUUUCGUGUCAGGAGCCUGCGAUGCUUCUGCUAAACUGUGGGACAUCAGAGACGGGAUGUGCAGGCAGUCCUUCACUGGCCACGUCUCGGAUAUAAAUGCCGUCUGCUUCUUUCCGAAUGGAAAUGCCUUCACCACGGGUUCAGACGACGCCACCUGCAGGCUGUUUGACCUGCGCGCGGAUCAGGAGCUCAUGAUGUAUUCUCACGACAACAUCAUCUGCGGCAUCACCUCCGUGGCCUUCUCCAAGAGUGGACGCCUCCUGCUGGCUGGAUACGACGACUUCAACUGCAACGUCUGGGACACUUUAAAAGGCGAACGUGCAGGUGUCCUGGCCGGUCAUGACAACAGAGUGAGCUGUUUAGGAGUACCUGAUGACGGGAUGGCUGUGGCCACGGGAUCAUGGGACAGUUUCCUUCGGAUCUGGAACUGAGAAUGGUAUUAAAAUUUCCAUUUUCCUCCGGUCCCAUUCCUACGUCUUUCCACAGCAGUUCCUCUGUAUUCCAGUUAUUACACAUGAUUUUCAGUAUGUAGUUCCAUCCCGUGGAGAAGCCGAUCAUCACUGCCGGCCACAGGAAUUAUAGGAAGAGAUUAUUAAAGUGUCAUUGUGUAAUAUGUAAAUAUACAUGUAUAUGAAUAUAGAUAUGGUAUAUAUGUACAGCAUUAUGUGUAUG